AAUAGAAUUACACUAUAAAAUGUGUUAUUAAACCCUUAUGAACAUUAAAAAAGGAAUUAGGAGGGUCAUAAUAAGGUUGCUGAAGCAUACCUUUAAUUUUGUUUAAUUUUGGCCAUAAUUCAAGUUCAUCCUUUUCUAAAGAUUGAAGUCUUCUUUGGCUGUCUUCCUCUUCCAACCGACCUUUUCUUUUUCUUUUCUUUUUUUUCCAUUGUCCAAAUAAAAAUCCAUUCCCACUUUCACCUUUUCAUAAUUUAGACUACAAUUUCUUUCUUUUUCUGAUUCUUCUCAGGAUUUCAGACUGACCCUUAAAGCCAUUUUCUCCCACCCUUACUCUGUUCUUCUUCUUCUUAUUCUUUCUUCUUCAUAUGUCUAUGUAAGAAUUUGAAGUAUCACAAAUGGCUGCAAACAAGUUUGCAACUAUGGUUUAUAGAAACAGCAAUAAGAUUACGCUUAUUCUCAUAUAUGCAGUUCUUGAAUGGACUUUGAUUUCUCUCCUCCUCCUGAAUUCUCUGUUUUCUUAUCUGAUCAUCAAGUUUGCUGAUUAUGUUGGGCUAAAGCCACCUUGCCUUUGGUGUUCAAGGAUUGAUCACUUGUUUGAUCCCACAAAAAGCAAGAACAUGCACAGGGAUCUUCUUUGUGAAGCUCAUUCUGCAGAGAUUUCCAGAUUGGGUUAUUGUUCGAACCAUCGGAAGUUGAUUGAGUGUCAGGAUUUGUGCGAGGAUUGCUUGUCCUCAAGGCCGGAAAUUCAAGGCAAAAAUGUUACUGUAAUCCCAUGGAUAAAAGAUUUGGGGAUGAUUCACAGGGAUGGAAAGAAAGUAGGAGUUGAAGAUAAUAAUGAGGAAAUUUCCAAGUGUUCUUGUUGUGGAGUUGAGCUGGACAGUAAUAAAUACUCAUCUUAUGUUCUGGUCAAGCCUUCUCCUUGGGAUGAUGAUGUUUUGGAAUAUUCUGAUGAGAAAAUGAAUUUGAUUAUGGAGAUUGAAAAGGGAGAUUAUCUCUGUGAAUUGGGUAAACAGAGAUCAGAUUCUGGCUCAACUGACCAAUGUGGAAAUGGAUAUCAGUUUGGAGACAAGACUGAAAGACAGAUGCUUUCUGAUUUUGGGAAUGGUAUUAUUGUAAUGGAGGAGGAAGAGGCAGAGGAUGUUUCAGUUUCUUUACCAAAGAAAGAAAUGUUGGGGGAUGAAGAUGAAAAGAUGAAGGAAGUUUUGGAAGAAGAAGAAGAAGAACAGAAGGAGGAACUUGUUGUUGAGGGAAGUAUUGGAACAAAAGUAAAUAUGAAAGAUGAAUCUGUUCAAGUUUGUUUUGAAGAGGGUGAAUCUAAUGGAAUACUUCCUCAGCAUCUGGAGUUCUUUUUUGAUUACACUGGCAACAGAUUAGUCCCAAUAGAUAUGAUUGAUUCAACCACAGAAGAAGAUCAAAUUGCAUAUUUAAAUAAGGAUGAGAAUCAGACAACUGAGAACAACAAUCAAGGAGCAAAUUUGGAGACAAUGAUGCAAGUUGAGUCAGAGGAAAAUGUCUGUACAGAAUUUGAGUCAGAGGCAGCAAUUUCCUGUCAGAGAACUCAGGAAGAGGAGGAGCCUAAAUAUGCUGUACUUGAAUCCAUGGAAAUGGAAGAAGAUGAGAGUUCUUGGGUUUUUCAAGCAGUGAGGGAGGUGUCUGAAGAUGUUGAAGUCACUUCCUCAUCUCCAGAAACAGGUGAUUCUAAGCUAAUGCCAGUUGCAGAAGAUGAAGAAAACAAUUCAGCCAUUGAAGAUAUUACUCAAAUCCCAGCUAAUGAAACUGAUGCAGAGGUCUCCAUUGGGACAGAAAUUCCAGAUUUGGAUGCCACAGUUGAUAUUCAAAUGCCGGACGGUACCGUGUCAUUUGAAUCUUCUCCUGAAGAUCAUUCUACAAAUUCUGCCAAUUUACAGCAUGAUGCUCACCAUGGUGCUAAUGCUCAGGAACAGACAUUAGAGUUGCAGACUUUAUCAAUUGAUUUGAGUGAGCUUGUAACAAGCAAUCAAAUGUCAUAUUGUCCAGAUUUGAAUGGAAUUGAUGAAGAGAAAGUUCCCGAUACACCGACAUCUGUUGACAGUUUCCAUAACUUGCACCAGAAACUGCUACUGCUUGAGAAGAAGGAUUCAGGAACUGAAGACUCUCUAGAUGGAAGCGUCUUGAGUGAUAUAGAAGGUGGUGAUGGCAAUGUCACCCCUGACAGUCUGAAAAAAGCGCUGAAAGCCGAACGAAAAACUUUACAAGCUUUAUAUGCUGAACUGGAAGAAGAGAGGAGUGCUUCAGCUGUGGCUGCUAAUCAGACAAUGGCAAUGAUAAACAGACUUCAGGAGGAAAAGGCACAGAUGCAAAUGGAAGCCUUGCAAUAUCAGAGGAUGAUGGAAGAACAAGCUGAAUAUGAUCAAGAAGCUUUGCAGCUCUUGAAUGAGCUGAUGGUGAAGAGGGAAAAAGAAAAGCAAGAGCUUGAGAAAGAGCUGGAAGUUUAUAAGAGGAAAGUUGUGGAAUAUGAGACAAGAGAGAAAGUUAGAAUGCUGAGGAGAAGCAACAAUGGAAGUGCUAGAAGUGGAUUCUCGUCGACCUCGUGUAGCAAUGCCGAAGACAGCGAUGGAUUGUCUAUUGAUUUGAAUCAAGAUCCAAAGGAAGAUGAUAAUGGUUAUUGCAACCAUGAAUCCAGCCAUCAUAACACUCCUGUGGAUGCAGUAAUGAAUUUGGAGGAAUCGUUAGCUGACUUCGAAGACGAGAGAUUGUCCAUUCUAGAGCAACUUAAGGUUUUAGAAGAAAAGCUCAUGAGCUUGGAUAAUGAAGGGGAAAGUCAAUUUGAGGAUGUUAGACCAGUAGAACAUUUAAGCGAUCAAAACGGCGAAUGUAAAACAGAAAAUGGUCACAUUGAUGGAGAAAUGAAUGGUCAUACAAAUGGAUUCUCAAAGGAAAUGAAUGCCAAAAACUCUCAAGAGAGGAGAACCUCAGCGUUAAAAGGAAGAAAUCUCCUUCCUGUUUUUGAUGCAGUCAUUGAUGAAAAUGGAGAAGUCGAACUAAACAGAAACAUGAAUGGUUCUGAUCAUGCUAAUGGUGUGGGAAACAUGAAUGGUUCUGAUCAUGCUAAUGGUGUGCAAGACAUGGAUAUGAGAGGUCUAGAAGUAGAUUACAAAAAUUCAGCCAUUGAAGAGGAAGUGGAGCAUCUUUAUGAAAGGCUACAAGCUCUUGAAGCAGAUAGAGAGUUCUUAAAACACUGCAUUAGUUCCUUGAAGAAAGGUGAUAAAGGAAUGGAUCUUCUUCAAGAGAUAUUGCAACAUCUGAGAGACUUGAGAAACGUAGAGCUUCGGGCGAGGAACUUCAGUGAUGGUCCUCUUCCAUGAAGCCCAAAAAGAAGAAAAAAACUCCAAACUUGAUGCAAAAAAAGAUUUAGAGAAGCCAAUUUCAGAUUUCAGUUGCAAGAAGUGGACUUGAAAUGGAGAAGCUAUUAGAGGACUAUUAUCCAUCCUCUGAAGACCAAAUGAUCUAAGUGGAUGAUGCUAAAUAUUCCAAAAAAUGUUGUGUCAGGUCAAGUCAAAUUCCAUGGAAUGUCCUUCAUUUGGAAUGGUCUGCAAUUUAGCAGUCUUGGUAGACAAGGAGAGGGAAGUCUACCCCAACCCUAUUUUGUCUUUUGUUUUCCCAUUGUAAUUUAGUGCAUUGUAGUAUGAAAACCCAAACUAUUUUUUUGUUUUGUGGGGGCUCAGUGUCUAUCUCCACCUUUUUUUGAGGGGAAAAAAAAGGAGGAAGAUGAAUGCAUUUGCAUGUAGUGUAGUGAUGGAGGAAAAACACACAAGAACCACAACCUGUCAGUUUGCAAGCUGAGGGAAAAAGGCAGGCUUGCAAAGCUGGAAACUAUCCAACAAAAAGAUUCCAGUUGCCAGGUGAAUAGGGGAUAAGUUAUUAUUAGGCAUUGUAGGUUUUAGAAGAAAAUCAAUCAUGGGUUCUUUUCUUUUUUUCUUGGUGUUGAUUUUUUUUUUUUUUUUUUUAAUAAAGUUUUUGAAGGGUUGUAUACUGUGUAUCAAGUUGUAAGUAUGUACAAAAUGAGUGUGUUUUUUGUAGACCAAAUUUACCUUCUUUUUUCUUUUCCCCAAGUGCUUUUUAUUUAUUACCUUUUCCCUAUACCAAACAAUUUCUGAAUUUCGCAGUUACAAGUCUCUACCUUGUCUGUUUGACCGGAAAUGAACAGUGUGUUGGUUGUCUUUCCUUCUUUUAGUUGUUGAUGGAAAUGGAAACAAAAUGUAAAUAAGGGUUUUGGUUUUUGGUACAUUAUUCACCCUUUUAUUAAUUUUGUUGUUGGAACAGGAAGGAAGUACAUUACAUUAAUUAAGAGCUUGAAUCCAGAUGAUCAUGUUGCUAUCAGAAUUGAUUUUGCUUUAAGAAUGGGGCAACUAUGGGCUUUGGUUAGGUGUAGACAGAAAAGAACAUGGCAUAUUGCAAUUUCAAUAACUACUUAAUUGAAUAGACAUUAGUGCAUUGGUUUUACAGCUAAGGCAAAUGUGUUUUAGGGCAUGAUUAAGGAGGCAGCUUACUUUGUUUUUAAUGAAGCCAAUAAUUUUGUACUUCUCACUAAAUAUUAAUUCAUAUGGACAGUGAGAAAAGUCCUAAAUCAGCUUUAGGAUUAUAUGCAAAUGUGCGAUCCAUUGAGCUACAUUAUUCAUCCAUAGCUGGCACCUUCUUUGGUCCAUCUUGCUUUAUUCAUUCUAGCUAGUGUCUCAGUCCAGUGAAUGCACAAAAAAGAUCUUGUACGAGUUUUAAGUAUAUUAAUUUGAGUACUGUAUAUGUCUGUUUAAAAUUAUCUCGUAUUAACUUAGUUUAAAUCGAAGUCAUAAGUAGCUCAACUAGUGUAUGUUGGACUAUAAACAGUACGUUAAUUGUUAACCCUAGUCCUUUGAUCAUAAGCAUAUUCCAUAAUGAUUUCCUGGUG